CCGUCUCUCCACUCUCUCCACUACCUGGACAUGUUAGCAUAAUGGACGACCCAAAGUCUCCCAAAGACAACUCCAACGCACCCGACCGCUCUCAGAAGCCCGACGACCCCAGCCGCUUCGAUCCCUUCGUCGCUUUCCGUCGCUACGCCGAUGACCAAGUUUCCGCACUCGUGAACACCCUGGUCGGCCUGCCCGCCACCUUCCGUGACCACGCUCCCGCUGCCGCAAAUGAUGACAAGGAGGUCGCAAGUGGCAGCGUAGAUGUCUGGUCCAAGGAGUGGUCCACCUCUAAGCGGGACGGUGACAACGAUGACGAAAAAGACGUCGCCCGCACGCCGAAAUGGUCCAAGAGCUGGUCUUUCGGCGGAAAGAAGGUAGAGCCCGAGGUCAUCGAGGACAAGGAUGGGAACAAGACCUACCACUGGUCUGGAUCCUGGAGCUGGCCGCCAAAAGACGACGACAGGAAGGCGCAGGAAGAUGCGGACAAAGAAGACGCUCGGCAGCGGGAUGCUCUUCAGGAAGCCAGACGUCGCGCAGAUGAGGAGCUGGAGCAAAUGUCCGAGCUUUUCAAGUCAUGGUUUGGUCCAGACAACCCCGAAGAAGAGAAGCGGCCGUCCCGCGGGCGGAACCUGCUGGACUGGAUCUGGCCCGAUAACAAUGAGAGCGACAGCCCACACCGGAAGCAGGACAUAGUGCAAGACAUGGAAGACCGGAUUAAGCAGCUGGAGAGUGAGUUCCGCGGCGUCCACAACAGUUUCUGGGGACCCCGCCGCGGCGACGGCAAAGAGAAUGACCAGGAUCGGGAAACCGAUUCGUUCCCUUGGGAUGCUUUCCGCCAUCCUUUUACCUCGUUAUCACGUCUCCACUCUGCGCUUCCACCCAACCAGGUCGAGGACAGGCUCUUAUGGCUCCAUUCACACCCCUACUCUCCGGUGAGGCUGGAAGCCGAAGCCGAAGAGCAGGGCGUUGAUAGCCCAGCGUACAUUGACGCCUUCAACGACCUGAUGGCCGUCACCCAGGGCCGGCGGCCGAUGGGCUGGCACUCCAUGUGGGUUUCCCCCGGCUUCUCCUUCGCGAGGAACGCUUACGUCUACGCUCAUCUCUAUGAUACCCACCCCUGGACCAGAGAAUUCUGGCAGAACGUUGAGGAGGGUGGUGAAUGGCACGUCCCCAAAAAGCAGUUGAAAAUCGAAGACAACAGCAACAGCAACCAGACCGAGCAUCGCUACCCUGGCGUCCGCGAAUCCGACUACCCGACAUCUUCGCGCGGAAACGGCUCCUCCUCUUCGACCAACGCACAGGACCGCGCCGCGAGCGACGAUGCUCCGCAGACCGAGCUAGACAUGUACGAGCGCUUCCUCGACUCCCCCAACACGCACCCCCCACAAGCGCCCAGCGGUGGUGAUGCGCCACCAUCAACCCCUCCGUCCUCGACGCCACAGCAGCAACAGCCUGCCUCGACCAACACCGGCAUCGUCAACCCCGCCAACUCGCGCAUCCUGUCCACGCUCACCACAACCGAGCGCAACACCGCCCCCGACGGCACCGUGACGACGCGCGUGGUGCUGAAGAAGCGCUUCGCCGACGGCCGCGAAGAGUGCUCCGAGACGGUCAACACGGCCAGGGGCGACGGCUCGGGCUCUCUCGGCGGUGGAGGCGGCGAGAAUAACAACGGCAGUGGCAGUGCUGCUGUCGCGGACUAUGAUGGUGAGCGUGCUGCGCAGAAUGGCAGCCGUGGCGGCUGGUUCUGGUCGCGUUGACCGGGCUGGGCUGAACGGCUUGGGGAAGGUCGGUGUGGGUUCUAGGCGCUUUUCUUUUUUUUUUUUU